CACACACACGAACAGGGAGGACUGGCUAGUGUGUUUGCUGCUGUACUUCCCUCUGAAAAGUUUGCGACUUUUUAAGGAGGUUCUGACCCGCAACGUAGUGCUGCAAAAUGCUGCCAGACUUCAUGUAUCUGGAUUACUGAUCUCCUGCGUCGCAGCAGUGAGCCGAGUUAAAGUUAAAUAACCAGUUGUUGAUUUUUUUUUAAAGGUGGAACAUACUGUACAAGGUGUGUCUGUCUGGAGAUUUUAAAAGUGAAACUUUUUAUAUACACAUAUAUGUUUUUUUGUUAGUUUUUUAAAGUGAAAGAAAGAGACAGUUGAGGCUGAAACUUGAGCAACACUAUGCUGGGGAAUGGUCGAGUAUACCCGGUGAAGAGGAGGAAGAAGCCCGUUCUGAAAAGUGUGAAGCCUCCGCCCGUCAAGACCAAUCCGUCUAAGCGCCACCGGGACCGUCUGAACGGAGAGCUGGAAUGCCUCACCAGCAUGCUGCCGUUCUCCGACGAGUUCAGAAGUCGCCUGGACAAACUCUCUGUGCUCCGGCUCAGUGUGGGAUACCUAAAGGUUAAGAGUUACUUCCACGCAACACUCCAGAAGGACACGAGGUCGGCUCCUCUUGCGUCUGCAAACGGCAGAAAUGGGCCGUCAGUGUCUCUGGAUGGAGUCCGUUUCUCAGAGGGGGAACUCCUUCUCCAGGCUUUAAAUGGCUUCGUGUUGGUCGUGACGAGUGAUGGCACGAUCUUUUACGCAUCUCCGACCAUCCAGGACUUCCUCGGCUUCCAUCAGUCGGAUGUGGUCCAGCAGAGUGUUCAUGAUCUCGUUCACAUGGACGACAGAGAGAUGUUCAAAUGUCAGCUCCACUUCGCCCUCGACCUCGGCGACACGCACUCAGACAUCAGAGCAGAAGAUAGGCAGUCGAGCAGUAAAGCUGCGAGCAGCUCUGUGCGCUUGUUGCCUCAGUACAUCCCUCCAGAGAACUCCUCUUUCAUGGAAAGAAGCUUCUGCUGUCGCCUUCGCUGCCUCCUGGACAACACCUCUGGAUUCCUGGCUCUAAACUUCACCGGACGUCUGAAGUUCCUGCAUUUGCAGGGAAACAUGGGGGCUGAUGGGACCGCUGCUCCCCCUCAGCUGGCUCUGUUUGCCAUCGCCACUCCUCUGCAGCCUCCUUCAGUCAUGGAGAUCCGGACUAAGACUCUCAUCUUCCAGACUAAACACAGCAUGGACUUUGCUCCUGUGGGCAUAGACACCAGAGGGAAACUGGUUUUAGGAUAUUCCGAGACAGAGUUGGUCACAACAGGCUCGGGCUAUCAGUUCAUCCACGCUGCGGACAUGAUGUACUGCGCCGACAACCACCUUAAGAUGAUGAAGACUGGAGAAAGCGGCUUCACUUUCUUCAGGCUGCUGAUCAAAACCGGACGCUGGUUGUGGGUUCAGGCCAACGCCAGGGUCGUCUUCAAGAACGGGAGACCAGACUUCAUCAUCGCUCGUCAGAAAGCCCUCACAAACGAAGAAGGAGAGGAACACUUGCACCAGAGAAGAAAGCAGCUCCCGUUCAACCUCACCACCGGUGAAGGUGUCCUGUACGACGUUUCUCUGGAGUCCAUCCCUGGUCCCCCUUGCUCCGGCGCGCCGGGCACCACAGAGCCCACAACAGAGAAACCUUUGGACCCCACCUCCCUCCUGGGAUGCCUUCUCAGGCAGGACCACUCGGUUUACACCCAGCCACCGAAACCCAGUCCCCCCCUCCCAAUCUUCACCCAAAUAGAGGACCCUGAUUUUGAACUGCAGCCGUCCUUGGAGCAAGCCUUCCUGGACAGCCACGCUCUGCUCAGCGUGCCGGGCCAGAUCCAGGCCUCACAGAAGAGGUCGGUCACGGGGGACUGCACAACAGAGGCCAUGAUUGACUCGUUGGAGCAGAUUUUGGGGGAUAUCGGGGAUGGAGGGAUAGAGGGUCUUGAAGUUGAGGAGAGAGAGCUGAGGGACUGGGAGAAGACCGUCGCCAGGAUGAAUGAAGAGAGGGAAGAUGUGUCGAGGAAACUGGAUCAAAUUCUGGCCAAUGACGUGUUCUCAUAUGUGGAGGAGGCUCUGAGGAAAGAGACUGGAGGGUAUGUGCAGGACUCAGAUUUUCUGGGUUCAGUUUCUGGGUCGAUUAACAGUUUAUCCAUCCAAGGACAGCAUCCUGGGUCUGUGUUUUCAAAAAACGAGUGGCAGCAAGUGACGGACAUGACAUCUGGCUUUGCAGAGCACGCUCUGUUGGGAGCUGUCCCCGGUGGUGUUGGUUGUUCGACUGGACUGAAAGGUGCUUCUCAUGUUGUGCCUCACACACAGUGUCUUAACGCUCACCAGGGACACGCCUCUUCCCUGUGGCCUCCAAGCAGCGAUCACCACUGUGGCAACCAAAUAAUUUCAACACAACCCUGCCACGCUGAAGUGACUCAACACUCGUGGCAUCCAUCUGUUCAAAACACCAACAACUUCCAUAACAGCAGCUAUCAAUCUGGCUUGAACCAAAGCGUACAGUACACGCUAACGGGUUCACAUCAGACUUGCAUAGGGCCAGAGCUUCAGAGCCCGUCAGUGUGGCAGCAACAGCAGCAGCUGCCGCAGAGUUUUCACCAUCACACACUGACACAUUCCUCACACACACCAGGCGGCGUGAACUCAACGGCUCAGUCGUUCCACGCGGAAACGCAGAGCUCGUACGGCAGCUGCAUGUAUGAAAAAAGAGAAGGUCGCAUACCGAACGCUUCUACUGUUCCUAUCGGACAGAACGGGCCUCUCCUGGGACCUCCGUGCUCCGGAGGAACCACAAACGCUGCCUUUUCCGUGCCCCAUCCAGGCAUGGCGGUCGGAGUCUUCAACCAGGGGACGAUGCAGUCGUCUGCGGCUGGCUGUACAGAUGUGGGCAACAUCGGCUUAGUUCACCUGAGUGGAGACAACUCCGGCAUGGGAACAGCUCGAUCAGAAUAUCCUCCCAAAAACGGAUCGUAACAGUCGCCGUUCUUCUGAAGGAACGAUGAAGCUCAGUUCCCCAAAGUUCCCCCCGAACGGUGCAGUUGACCCGUUUGCCUUCCCUGCCCUUCCUACUGGGAGCAUCAACCUUUCCCAAAAACACCGGCUCAUAGCCGCCUCUGCACCUCGCUCAGAGACUCUAACUGGACUGAGAGCCAAGCGCGAGUAUGACAACGAGUUUCCCUUCUGCGAUACUCAUGAUAUUUUAUAGGUGUUGUGUCUGCUGUGGCUCAGCAAGAAAUAUGAACCUUCUCAUUUCAAAGUAAAAUACUUUUUUUUUUAUCAAACAACCUUAACCAAUAAUGAGCUUUGUGCACAUAUUCAUGCCGCAAGUAACCAACAAUGUUGUGAAGUGUCCCGUCAGCUGAUUGGAAUCUGGACCCAAGAUUUUAGCAAGUGGACUUGAAGAACUACAAUCUUUCUACAUCACAUAAAAGUGAGGAAUAAAAGGACAUGUGCUCUUAUAGAGGACCAGUUUAACUUUUCCUGUACAUCACAAUGUGAAUCGGUGAACUCUGUGUUGUUCUGUAAUGUCAUUGUGGUUCUUUUUUUUAUACUAUUUUUGGGGCAUUUUAGGUCUUUAUUUUUAUAAGACAGCUGAAGACAUGAAAGGGGAGAGAGAGGGGGAAGACAUGCAGCAGCAAAGGGCCGCAGGUUAGUCGAACCCGCUGGGCGCGCGCUCUACCAGGUGAGCUACCCAGGCGCCCUCAUUGUGGUUCUUUGAGUGGUUUUUAGAGGACACGUCAUAGUCAAGGAGGACUUUAAAUCACGUCGUGGACCUUGUAUUAUCAUUCAUUUCUUACACGUUGCUUUAAAAGUAAAGAGUUGUUUGUAAAGUAAAGAAAAUGAAGCUUGUUAUUAUCAGUGAAUCCAACCAAUGGGAGUUUGUUUUAUUAGCUUUAAAGCAGGGAUCUUCAACAGGGGGUCCUCAGAGUCAAUGCCGGGGGGCCUCCAAAUUAUUGUUAAUUUUGGAAAGUUUUUUUUCAGAAAUUAAAAAGUCCUAACAUGAAUCCAACAUAUUUUAAGCAAAUAUAAAUCCCCACUGCUUACUGGCCUAGGUGGUCACUAAAGCAAUCCAUAGAUGCACUUAAUUCUAAUGAUUCACUUUCCCACAUGUAUGUAUGUUUUAACAUUAAAACAUGAUUUAUAAAACCAUGCCAACAAUUAUUAGGCUAUUUUAAUAGCUUAGUAUUAGGUGUACAUCAGCAUAAAAGGUAUGUAUAAAGGCUUUAGGCCGCCCUUCACGUUAUUGUAGGCCCAGUUUAUUAUGCAACUUCAUUUUAUACAGUAUAUGUAGUAGGGGGUCCCUGCUCCAUCUCACUUUCAGUUGACUUGGCUUAAAAAACUGCUUUAAAGGAUAGGUUCAUAUCGGUAGGGCCAGGUUGUUUUAUUUUCUGUCCACAUGUACUGUAUAUUGAAACUGUUUUGUUUUUCUCUGCAAAGACAGCUGUGAAACUAAAGAUGAAAAUGUAGAAACUAAUUUUUUCCCAACACUAACGCAGCUUAUGUUGGAAAGAAUUCAGACAGAUGUUUUCCACAUGUUAAAGUUACAUUUGCCAAUUAACUGGCCAUUUUAAAAGACUGAAAAGUAUUGAAAUAACUGAAUCUAACUUGAGACUAGUUAAAGACGUUGCAACCAGUUCUCAAUAAAUUCAUUAUGUCUCAUGUUUUCACAGAAACAGAUGAUAUGGGAGAAAUGGCAGCUGUCGUGCUCUGUGUGAACAGAUCUGAAUUCAGAAGUUUGACUCUAUACAUGCUUUAUAUUUCAGUUUUAAUCCAUCUCAGCUCUAUCAAAGAACUUUAAUAUGAUUUGCCUUGUCAAGUAAUAUCAUAUCCAUAACUAAGUAUGCAUUUCUGCGUGUUGGAGAUGGACAUAUUAUUGUGCUUCUGUAAUUAUCAGUAAUGUUACACUCUAUAGCUGCUUUGUAUUCCCUGUCUACAAGACAUAUAUAACCAUUGGGGACGAGUCUAAUUUAUUUUGCCAUUAAAGAACUGUAACCCCUCUGUUA